AUGGGGAGGGCCAAAUUGGUCCUCCUCCCCAAGGAGGGCAAACCACCCGGGGGCGCGUCGGCCUACAGGCCGAUAUGCCUGCUGGACGAGGUGGGCAAGCUGCUAGAGCGCAUCAUUGCCGACCGCCUGGUCCAGCAUCUAUCCUCGGAGGGGCCGGAUUUCCACGACCGUCAAUACGGUUUCAGGUCCGGGAGGUCGACGCUGGACGCGGCCCAGUACUUCCGGGACCUGACCGCGACGGUCGUGGAGAAAGGGGGCGGGAUGUUGUUGGCGGUGUCUCUCGACAUCAAAAAUGCUUUCAACACCCUGCCCUGGCCGGAGAUCGGACGAGCCCUCGAACACCACGGGGUGCCCGCCUAUCUCCGGCGGAUAUUGGAGGCCUACUUCGAGGGCAGGGACUUCGCCUUCACGAAGGAGGGCGGGUGGCAGCCGGGGGAAGAGCUGGAGGAAGCUCGCCUCUGCGCGGAGGCUGCAGUGGCAUCGGUGGUGAGAACCAUCGCGGACAUGGGUCUGAAGGUGGCGCCCCAUAAGACUGAGGCCAUGUUCUUUCACGACGGCAGUCGAGGAGCGCCGCCUGAGACUCAGUUCCUGGAAUCUGGCCCCCAGGGUGCGCAGGGCCGGACUGGCAGUGUCCAGUCUCCUGCGCAACCUUGGGGUCCAGGAUGGAGGGCUCGCCGCCUAUACGCGACGGCCGUGCUGUCCAUCGCCCUGUACGGGGCGCCGAUCUGGACGCUCCAGCUCAGCGCCUGCCGCGAUGGCAUACGCCGCAUGCGGCAGGCACUGAGACCAAUGUACAUAAGGGCGAUCACAGGAUACAGCACGGUCUCAUACAUGGCGGCGACCACUCUGGCCGGCUUCCCUCCCGUGGAGCUCCUCGCUGAAAAGCGAUGA